AUGUCUAUUGAGGUGAAGAGGAGAUUCUCUGGCAGCUCGCGCGCGGCAAAAGACAUGUACAACGUAAUAUCUCACAAAUCCACAAAUCCUCUUGAUGAAUCUGGGCUGUCGAAGUGUUUCCAUAAAGUGAAAGCCCGGCUUUAUUUGUCUCUCGCUCCAUGCCACAUAAACUCGCCAAUCAAUGGAAUCAAACAGCAGCAUCUCGACCAUAUGCUUAUGACCUAUGUUCCUUUUGCCAAGGGUGUUCUUCUGGGGUACUACAAUGUGCAACUUGCCUCGGAAAAUGUGGUUGAAGAUGAAGAUGGGACGGAGAUCGCCGUUGCGAAGAUCGCUAACGACAAUCCAUUUGCAUUUUUGUGGUGUACAGCCGAGCUGUUGGUUUGGAGACCACAGGUGGGUGAUGUGGUUGAAGGCUGGUCGUACAUGCAAUCGCAAUCUCACAUUGGUCUUCUUAUCAACGACACCUUCAAUGCAACGAUUAAAAAGGGAGGGAUCCCGCCAGAAUGGAAGUACAUACCGAACCAGGUGGAUGAAUUCAACGCCGACGGGGAUGCCGGAAAGUUUGGCAAGUCCCUUGGUCAAUGGGUGGAUGAAAACGGUGUUCCUGUCGAGGGAAAGAUUCGCUUUACGAUUAAAGCCUUGCACGCUGCAGGUAAAGUCGUUUCCAUGGAGGGUACUCUGGUGAAGCCUGGCUCAGAUAAGGAGAGCCAGCCUGUUGUGAGAGACGGAAAGCACAAGAAAUUUGAAGAGCCAGAGGGUAUUAUCGUGGACGACGAGGACAACACCGAUGAUAAGACCGAGGUUCCGCAGUAUGACCAGGACGACGAUGACGACGAUGAUGAGGACAACAAGGUUGUUGGCGGCGAUUUGAGUUCUGAUGAAGACUGA